AUGGAUUCCUCCAAGGCCCCCGUAAAGCUUGUGAAGGUCACCAGAGUCCUCGGCCGAACCGGCUCUCGUGGUGGUGUCACCCAGGUUCGCGUCGAGUUCAUGGACGACCAGACCCGGUCAAUCAUUCGGAACGUCAAGGGCCCAGUCCGUGAGGAUGACAUCCUCUGCCUACUCGAGUCCGAACGCGAGGCCAGACGUCUGAGAUAA